ACUGAACGUGUUGUCCAAUUUGAAUAAACCAUCCACUAUCUCACAAGAAAAGGUAAAGACUGUUGAAAUACGACACAAAAAUCCACACUGAGGUCAUGUUAGUUAUGUCAGUAUUCUAACUGUAACCACUGACGUUUUAUGUGCAAAGGCAACAAAAUAAUCUUAAUAUGUGAUAAAUGAUAAAUGCAGCAGGCUGUCGCAUCCAUCCAGACUUCUGUCCUCUCGUGCUCACGUUGUAAACAAACACCGUCAUCCUUUUGUCAUCCAUUCCCAUUGUCAGCCUGUGGAUGUGACCUUUCCUCUCCUCUCUCUGCCUCUCACCCCUCGCAGCCUUUUCUUUUAAUCCCUUCUCUCUUUCACUGCCGAAGACAAGCUGUUGCUCUGUCCCCCUGGGCCACUCCCUCGCUUGUCUGCUCCUCUGUCCUCCUCCCCUGCCUCCCUCUCUGCCCUGCUCUCCCUCUUUCUCCCUCUCCCCACCUGUUGGAGCAAUUGUUGCACGGACCACAUUGUUGUCUUCUUAUUAUUUUAUGUCGGUCACGAGGGUCCACGCCCCCUUUUUCCUACCAGCCUUUCCCCUUCCCUCUGUGCCACUCCCUCCCUCUCCCCUCCUGCUGGGUAUAAAACUCCGGGUUGAGGAGUGACAGUAAGCAGAACACCACAGGGAGUCCAUUUUAACAAGGGCAAAAGAGGAUCUGCAGGGAUUCCCCAGCUUCCUCAGGUGACAGAGGGGACGCUGAGCUGCUGUGUUUCUUUCCCAUUUGGACAUAAACAAGUUUGCGUUUUGCCCAGCAGUCUUUGCAGAUGGACAAAGGCAUGUCUGUGUCUCUGUGGUGUGAGGAGGUGGAGGACGAGCAGAGUCAGGACCACAGCCAGGCUGAGGCUCAGGCCCCGGGUCACGCCACAGGCUCGCCUCAGCUGCGAGCCGCCUGGGACCCCACAGUGUCCGGGCAUCGCGUGAUCCAGAGGCUGCUGCACGUGGAGGAGAGGUACAUGCCCUCCAUGCUCUACGUCGCCCUCAUCCAGCGGGAUCCAGAGCACAGGGAGGAGCUCGCCAAAUGGGCCCUGGAGGUGUGUUGUGAGUGUGGCUGUGAUGAGGCAGUGUUCCCCCUGUCUGUCUCUCUGAUGGACAGGUUCCUGUCUGCCACUUUGUCCCUGCCGGUCUCACCUUACUGCCUGGCUGCUGGCUGCAUCCUCAUCGCCUCCAAGCUGACGGAGUGUGACAACGUCAGCGCUGAUACUCUCUGUGCUGCAGCCGAAUACAGCUUUCAGCCAUCCAACCUGCGGGAGAUGGAGCGCGUCAUCCUGGCCACCCUCCGGUGGGAUACAGCAGCAGUCACUCCUCAGGACUUCCUCCCACAUUUUCUUGCCUCGGUGGAGGACAGAGGAGAUGGAGACAGGAGCGAAUCUGAGAGGGAGCUGCUGUCCACACUGCGGCGGCACAGCGACACCCUGGCUGCCAUGUGCGCCUGUGACUCCCGCUUUCUGGGGGCACCGCCAUCGCUUGUCGCUGCAGCAUCCCUGAACUGUGCCCUGCGAGGUCUGAGCAACAAGGGCCCCACUCAGCUGGCUGUGACGGGUGAAGCACUGGCGGAGCUCUGCCAGACCGACCUGGCGGUGCUGCAGUGCUACAGUGAGAUGAUCGAAUACGCGCUCCGACAGCGUCUGAGGAGUGGGCUUCAGCAGGGACCCAUGGAGAAGGAUGAAGAGGUGGAGAACGAAAGGCCAGGGACACCCACUGAUAUGAGAGAGAUUGACUUCUAAACACUGAAUCAACUGUUUCAUUGAACAUGUGAAUCAAUCAAAACCUCUCAAGUUCAUCAGUCAAACUGAUAUAAAUUAUGACCUCAAAAUGCUCUGACAUGUUUUUAUAUUUUUAAAUUAUUUUAUUAAAUGACUGCUAAUUUAUUUUAUUCACUUUAUUUAUUCGUGAAUUGUUUUGUUAUGUGUUUUCCAUGUGCCAUAUUUCUAUUAAUUUGUUCGUAGGCUUAGAUGUUAUUUUAAUGCAUAAUAUUUAUACCGUUUAUUUA